CGCUCGCGGCUGCCGCUGUCAGUUGGCGAGUGCGCGCUGGCGGGGGCGGGGGGACAGACGGUCGGGCGGUCCGAGUGCCGCGGCCAUGGCGGCUCCCUUGGCGCAGUUCGACGAGGACUGGCAGGAUUUCUACGAGUUCAAGGCGCCCUCGGGUAGUUUCAAACUGGACCAGGUCAACUCCAACGGCGUCGCGGCCCCGGCUGGCGGCACUGGGACGCUGGAGCAAAGCCUGGAAGAUUUCUCCGAGCUCGACAACUUCUCCGGCGAGAUCGUCAGCUUCAAGUCGAUGGAGGACCUGGUCAAUGACUUCGACGAGAAGCUAACCGUGUGUUUCCGGAACUACAACACCAACACAGAGAACAUUGCACCGGUCAAGCCUAUUUCCGAGGAGAACAUCAUGAGAGACGACGAGAUUUGGAAUGCAUUGACUGAUAACUAUGGUAAUGUAAUGGCCGUGGACUGGAAGACAUCCCAUACCCGUGCUUUGCACCUGCCAACACUGAAUCUGUCAGAAAAGGUGAUGAACGAUAACCUUAACCUUGAUCUUUCUGAUGAUGAGGAACUACGGGAUCAGCUAGACAUGCAUUCCAUUAUCGUCUCCUGUAUAAAUGAUGAACCACUCUUCACAGCUGAACAGGUAAUUGAGGAAAUAGAAGAGAUGAUGCAAGAAUCUCCUGAUCCUGAAGAAGAUGAUACACCCACUCAGUCUGACAGACUUUCCAUACUUUCCCAGGAAAUUCAAACACUCAAGAGAUCUAACACCAGCAACAGUUAUGAAGAACAUUUUGAAAAUCUCCUGAAGAAAGACCUGGAUAGCAUCACAUGCUUCUCAUGUCUGUCCUUUAUUUCCGGAGCAUAUGCAAGUGUGAAGCGAUUGCCUAUGGCUGAAUUAAAUGAGCUUUUGGAGGAGAUUGAGAGUGCAAUCAAAGACUAUUCAGAGGAGCUGAUUCAGCAGCUAGCUUUACGUGAUGAGCUGGAGUUUGAAAAAGAGGUGAAAAACAGCUUCAUUUCCAUACUCAUUGAGGUUCAAAACAAACAGAAAGAGCACAGGGAGACCAUGAAGAAAAAGAAGAAACAGAAGAACGGAAGCCCACAAAAUGGAAAGCAAGACAAAGGUCACAUGCCAGGAACGUAUUUGACCACAGUCAUUCCUUAUGAGAAGAAGGCUGGACCCCCAUCUGUAGAAGAUCUUCAAAUUUUAACAAAAAUUCUCCAGGCAAUGAAGGAAGAUAGUGAAAGAGUGCCAACCUUGUUAACAGAUUACAUUCUUAAAGUGCUCUGCCCAACUUAAAACCAGCAACUCGCCUUCACAUCGGACAGGCUUCAAGAUCUCACUCUGCUAGCUCCUGUGAAGAAGGAAAUACGUUUUUUUACCCAGAGGUUCUUGUGAACUAAUCUCCCUUCUUGAGCAUUUUGCUUAGCUUUUCUUCAUUUUAUCUAACUUGUCCAUGGAGAAGUAGUCCAAUGAGAGAAGAUUUCCACAUUCCCACCCCACCAAACCUCUUUACCCAUUUAACAAACAGUGUUAGGCAAGCUAGUUGCAGGUACAAAUAUUAGCACCGUGCCCCAACUGCUGUUUUUAUUAGAGCAUAGAACAAAAGAAUGCCUGUACACUUUUAAACGAGUAUUGUAUUAGCAGUGUAAUAUCUAUUUUUACAAUGUGCAGAAUCCAGAAGUUAACUUUUUAUCAUUAAUGAAACUGUUCAAGAAACAGUGGAUGUAAAUAGGCUUGAGUUUUAACCAAUCCAUAAAGCAGCAAAUCUGUACCUCUAUUAUUUAUUCCAAUUCUGCUACUUUUUAAAAAGGGAACAAAUGGUUUAACUGCACCACUGAGGCAUCUUCCCCCCACCCCCACCCCUGAGAUUGUGUCUCCUUUAAUACAAUGCUCACUUUUUUGGGGUGUUAAAUGAGUGCAAGGUUUGAAAAUAUAAAUCGUUGUGUUGCAUUUGAUUAUAAAUCAAAAAGAAUUCUGUAAAUUUGUGUGAUCUGUUUCUGAAUAUUCUCCCAUAGUGUUUAGAUUUAAUAAUGAGGUAUUUGUUGGUAAUAAUGGAAGAGUUAGUCUGCCAACAACAUUGCUUCUUCCAUCUCAUAACUUGUUAGAUUGAGAAAUACUAAUGCUUAUUAAAGAAUUUCUGGCAUUGUUCUGCAUAAACUGAAAUGGACUGGUCUUCCUGUCUGUUCCUUUCAAAAUUCACGUGUAUUUAUGUUAUUUUAUGGAAAAAGAAAAUCUCCCCAUGGAUCACUUUGAAAGUUAAUUUUUAUUUGAGGUGAAGACAUGAUUACUUCAAUGAGUGUAAACUGAAAGCUGAAGGAUCAAGACUGAGUCUUAAAUUCAAUUGAGUAUUAAUAUGCAGCAUCAAGAUCACUUUUGUCCAGAAAAAGGAAGUUGACUGAAUUUGCAAAAUAAUGUUGACUUCAUCAGGAUACUAAUCAGUAUAAACUGGGCCCAAUGAGCAGGAUUCUGUUCAAUGGGCUGUAUUGUAGAAUGUUUUGUACUUAUUCUAUGUCUCAAUUGAUUUAAUGUACUUUUCUGGUUUAUGCUAAUCAUGUGCAAUCAAUGUUAAUAGGUUCAUUAUUAGCAGUCUAGUUAAAUUAUAUAUUUCUUAAUGGUGGACAUAGGAGAAUAUUAUUGUGUAGGUGCUUAGCCCAUGUAUAAAUUAAUGGCAGCAUGCUGAUCGUGUUUGUAAACUGAGUAUGUACCUAGAAUUCAUUUGAGAUACAAUAGAGAUAAUUUUAAUGUUUCAUUUGUCCUUCUUGUCUCUUACUGCCAAGAUUAUCAACAAAAGCAGUACUAAAAUCUCCAAACAUGAGGGGGAAACCAGUUCAACUAUAUUGAACUCCACUGCAUGCAGCAGUUUUGUGAUGAGAACAUAUUGGUACAGUUGCUAACAUUUUUGGCUAAAAGCUUCAGUGAAUUAGCUGCUGCAUGCAGUGAAGAGCCACAUCAUGGCACUGUACCAUCACCAGAUUUACAGAAAUGGAUGGACAUGGAAUGAAGCACAGGAGGCAGAACUGGCAAAUGCACGUCAUUAUGGUUGCAUGAGCAAUUUUUGGAACUAUGCUGAAACAUGGCGCCUUCUAACAUUAUCUGCAGAUUCUGUUGAACCAAGCAUGCCUGUGUGUACACAUCAGUGUUGUAGUAAUACUCUUGUAACUUCGUAUUGUUUUAUUAGCUGGGAAAUAACUGUCUGUAACAUGAGAAUUUUUUUCUAAUUUUAAUGUAGCACAUUGGUCUUUUUAAGUGGUGAUAGUUUAAAUUUGUUUAUCCUAUAUCUUUGACAGUUGGUGAAGUUUGUGGCAGUAAUUUUAUUUCAUAAUGGAACCAUUUGAGAACAAAUAAAAACUCAAUUUACACAUUU